AAUAAUCACAAGCCUAAAGAAAUGGAACCUAUCAAGAAACAAGGAAAACAUAUUGUUUUGGUACAUGGUGCAUGCCAUGGAGCAUGGAGUUGGUACAAGUUGAAACCAUUGCUAGAGGCUGCAGGCCACAAGGUCACUGCCCUUGACUUAGCAGCCUCUGGAAUUGAUUUGAGAAAAAUAGAGCAACUUCACACACUUAAUGAUUACACUUUGCCAUUGAUGGAGUUGAUGGAAUCCCUUCCACAAGAGGAGAAAGUCAUACUUGUUGGGCAUAGUCUUGGUGGUAUUAAUUUGGGACUUGCUAUGGAAAAAUUCCCACAAAAGAUCUAUGCUGCUGUUUUCUUGGCUGCCUUCAUGCCUGAUUCUAUUCACAUGUCCUCCUAUAUCUUGAAUUAA